CAUAGCUACUCCCUUCCCCAAACCCCUCUGCCUGUCUCCUCUGGUAGCUUCCACAAUGGUACAGGCAGCAGCAUCACGCCGCACAAUGCUGUCCGGGCAGUAAGGAAGGUGAUUCAGCAGCACUCCGGCUCCCAUGCCAGCUUCUUCCUUUCUCUCCAUUGCUCUGUUCUGCCUGUGCCCCAGCCCCAUCCUGAGGAACCCUGAAGUCACCUGGUCAUUCUGAUCCCAUCCCCCCGUCUGGAAUGUGGUGGAAGAAGGACACAUAAACGAGCGCAACCUCUGCAUCUGGAUCCUGGCAUUGCGGGCACGGAAUGUGUGCAGAAUAUAUACCAGUGAAAAAGGCUCACGUGUAUUAAAUGUGAAAGACAAGAGUUGUCAGUGAGAGGACAUUAUUGCAGGAGGUAUUUAUGAGCCGACAUUUCUUGUACAACUUCAGUGAACCUACCCUGGAUGUAAAAAUUGCCUUUUGUCAGGGAUUCAGUAAUCAAGUGGAUGUGUCAUAUAUUGCCAAACAUUACAACAUGAGUAAAAGCAAGGUUGACAACCAGUUCUACAGUGUGGAAGUAGGAGACUCGACUUUCACAGUACUGAAACGCUACCAGAAUCUCAAGCCGAUAGGUUCUGGGGCUCAGGGAAUAGUUUGUGCUGCUUACGAUGCUGUCCUUGAUAGAAAUGUGGCCAUUAAGAAACUUAGUCGGCCAUUUCAGAAUCAAACACAUGCCAAACGCGCAUACAGGGAGCUGGUCCUAAUGAAGUGUGUAAAUCAUAAAAAUAUUAUCAGUUUAUUAAAUGUCUUUACGCCACAAAAAUCUCUUGAGGAGUUCCAAGAUGUUUACCUAGUAAUGGAGUUAAUGGAUGCCAACUUAUGUCAGGUGAUUCAGAUGGAAUUGGAUCAUGAGCGAAUGUCUUACCUCCUGUACCAAAUGCUCUGUGGCAUAAAACAUCUUCACUCGGCUGGAAUCAUACACAGGGACUUAAAACCAAGUAAUAUUGUUGUGAAGUCAGACUGCACAUUGAAGAUCCUUGACUUUGGUUUGGCAAGAACUGCCGGGACUAGCUUCAUGAUGACUCCCUAUGUAGUAACGCGUUAUUACAGAGCGCCAGAAGUCAUACUUGGAAUGGGGUACAAGGAAAACGUGGAUAUAUGGUCUGUGGGAUGCAUUAUGGGAGAAAUGGUCCGCCACAAGAUCCUCUUCCCAGGAAGGGACUACAUUGAUCAGUGGAACAAAGUCAUAGAGCAGCUGGGAACACCCUGUCCAGAAUUUAUGAAAAAACUCCAGCCAACAGUCCGGAAUUAUGUGGAAAAUCGGCCCAAAUAUGCUGGUCUCACAUUCCCAAAGCUUUUCCCAGACUCUCUAUUUCCAGCAGAUUCCGAGCAUAAUAAACUCAAAGCCAGCCAAGCAAGAGACCUUCUAUCAAAGAUGCUAGUGAUCGACCCAGCAAAGAGAAUAUCAGUGGACGAGGCACUACAACACCCCUACAUAAAUGUUUGGUAUGACCCUGCGGAAGUUGAAGCGCCUCAGGACCCUAUGAGGGAGAGAUGGAAUGGACAAUCAGUCAAAACACAGAAUAUUGAAAAGCCACCUCCUCAAAUUUAUGACAAGCAGUUGGAUGAAAGGGAACAUACAAUUGAAGAAUGGAAAGAGCUCAUCUAUAAGGAAGUUAUGAACUUUGAAGAAAAAACUAAAAAUGGUGUAGUAAAAGGACAACCUUCUCCUUCAGGUGCAGCAGUGAACAGCAGCGAGAGCCUCCCUCCAUCCUCAUCUGUCAAUGAUAUAUCCUCCAUGUCCACUGACCAGACCCUGGCAUCCGAUACAGACAGCAGCCUGGAAGCUUCCGCUGGAGCCCUCGGUUGUUGCAGGUGACUAGCCGCCUGCCUAAGAAACCCUACCUUCUUCAGACGAUGAUGUGAUUGGAAAAGAAUCAGUAUAUCUAUAUUAUUGCAAGAAAGGAAAGAAAGGAAGUAGAAAGUAAAAUUAUUUCCCUUCUAGCCUGCUUCUCCUACAGAGUUAUGUCAUGAAGCUAAGCUCAAAUGUAUAUUUAACUUAUAGUUGCUCCGCUUUGGUCUUCUGGUUAUGCUUAUCGCAAGAAAAAAACAAAAAAAAGGAAUAUUAAAAAAAAAAAAAAAAUUCUCUUUGCAUACAUUGUAAAUUUAAUGGCUGCAAAACCAGCAAGAUCCAGUUAUCUUUUCUCAUCAUGACAUGACAAAAAUGUGCAGUAACCAUUGAAGCGUGUGCGUGUCCGUGUGAACGUAUGCGUGUACUGUACGUAUUUUUCUCAUCGGAAUUGUUUGAAUAUCUGUUUGAAACCCUUCCAUCUCUCCAGGUAGAUGGAUGUAGAUAAUCUCACACUUGUACAUCAGAUGUACUGUAUACAUGCAAGCAUAUAUGUAUAUUAUUAAAAGAAGAAAACACAACUGUACAGUAGUUAUUACAUAGAGCAGUAUAUAUAUAGUAUUAAAGGGCCUGUUUUGUGUUAGCUACUUGAAUUAUCGCUGUAAAAUAAGGCUAGUACUGUAUGUAAGAUGUUUAGUUCAUACAUUUGUCAAAUGAUGAUAAAGAAAAACAAGAAAAAAAAAAAAAAAACAAAGCAAACUUUGUAUUCUACAACCAGAAAGCAUCUCUAGCAGAACGGAGCAUGACAAAGCGGUGAAAAAAAAAUCAUACGGAUCAUGCAACGACACGAACUCUCCAAACACUUCUUCACAGUUCGAAUAGCUAUUUAUUUUUUUACAUGCACAAUAUUUUUUAUUUCCGACCAGAUGUGCUGAAUUAAACCAGCAGUUGAGGUAAAGUAAACUUGUAUACAACUGUAUAUUUUAGUUUUUUUUUCUUUAUAAGGGACAGGAGUAGAAAUAAUGUUGGCUUUUUGCAGUAACCCCUGAGCGAGAGUGGUGGACACCACGUGAAGAGCCUUGCUUAGGUUUGAAGUCACACCUGCUAUAGAGAGCAGCAUGUAACUUUUCAGUGGCUUAUGAUUUUGUCACAUUGUACAUUUUUUUCAUAGUUUUAGGUAUAUUUGGGGAAAGCAGUCUUUUUAAAGUGAAGUGCAUUCUGAAAAUGGAGCUGACUUGAGAUAUCUAGUGAUCGGAACUGAAGACUUGGUGAGACUUGCCAAUGAAAUCUUGUUAAGACCAAAAGAGAAGGUGUUGCCCAUAGCAGCCAACUACACCCCCCGAUUCCGGCUAUUUCCAUUAAUGGGUGGCAAUGGACAUCUCCUCCACUUUUUGUCUGCAGUAGUAGUCAUACAUGAGGGCUGUUCUUUCAUGCAGUAUAAUUUGUAUAUUACGCAUCAGGGAUGAAAUGUAUCAUUGCUAUGUUGUAUGUUUUAAUCCUCAGGAGAAUAACACUUGAGAGUCUUUUCCUGUUUAUUGACUGAACAUGUUUUGUUAGAUGUUGGCAUUUUGUGGACUGAGUAUAUACAUCUGCAAAAUAAACUUAAUUCACGCAAAAUAGCUGUCUAAUGGAACGAGGCUGGGCAUGGUGUAGUAUCAUUGUAUUAUGGGUAACACAGAUUUGGAGCUUCAUCUGUAUUUCACACAUGGCAGACAACAAAAGAGAUGGCUAAGUCUAACCAAACACUUCAUUAGAUGUUCUGUACAAUGGUGUCGGCUUUUAACCUUAUUUAUGAGAAUAUACCGUGAAAACAAAUUGCAUUGUUACAUGUGUCUACACAUGGACCUAGUGAAAGUAAAGAUACCAUGGGCCUAAUGUAUCUUUGGGUUUCACUGGUUCAUAUAUACAAUUGCCCAAUAUAAGAGAUACAUUAAAGCCUUAUGUCACCUUACUCUUACGCUGGGUGCGGGCUUCAGGGGUCGUGACGUCAUGAUCACAGCCCCUCGUGACAUCACGCACCCUCAAUGCAAGUAUAUGGGAGGGGGCGUGGCAGCUGUCACACCCCUCCCAUAAACUUGCAUUAAGGGGGUGUGGUGUGACGUCAAGGGAUGUCACGACCCCCACAGCCAGCGUUCGGAACAAAAUGUACCGAAUGCUGGGGCAGUGGAGUUCCCCUUUAAGAAGUAUCAUCCUGCAUGUUUUGUGCAGCAACUCACCUAUGACAUAUACCUUUAACACCGUACAUGGGGCCAGUAUUAAAAAAUUAUGACAAUCCAAGUGAUAAAAUCGAAAGCAUUGUAUGCCUGCUUGGUACAGCGGUGCUAAUAUGUAAUAUUACUCGCUGUAGUAGAUGUCUCCAAUGACCUAUGGGAGAAAGCUAUGGUGGCAAUAUACAAGUACAGAAACUUUAUAAAGAAUAAAAGAAUCUGUAAAUGCAGUAGUUACAUUUCAGAACCCACAUUAGAAUAAAUUAAACGUAAGUCUUUCAAACUUUUCAUAUUAUAUUAUAAGUCCAUUAAGAUUUUUUUAUUUAUUUAUCAGGGAUGUCAAAGUCUUAAAGGAAAUGGUAGUAAAUAUGCCGCACGUACACAUGAUGAAUGGUGCCCUAUGAAGCAGCAGUAGGUAGCUAAUAGAAAGAUAAGGAGAGAAAGACAGACUUGGAAGGAGAGAUGUAGAAUAAUAAAAGGAAAAGCACAUAUAGAUGCACAUAGAUUCCGGUCCUAGCAACAGUCUACCAUUUGUUCUGUGAACUCACAUUGUACCCUCUCUAUACAUGAUCUGACUAUGGCUUCUUUUACACUGUGUUAUGCAGUGAAUAUAGACAUUCAUGCUUUGGGGGAAGCACCCAGUAUGUACAUCCAAUGUAUGUUUACAUAGUGUCCCAAAGUAAAAGGCUGUAUACUGCAGCAGAUGCUGCUGCAUACAUCCCAAAUGGGUGCCAAAAUGACACACGUUUGGCCUCCGUGGGGCAUAUAGGGGUGUAUGGAUCUGUAUUACACUAAGCAGAGCCUGCUAUAUACUGCUUAAGGGUACAUUCUCACUUAGCGCAUACGCAGCGUAUUUUAUGCUGCGCAAAAUCUGAAGAAGC